AUGUCGUACACAUACAGAGAUCGCGAACGAGACUGGGACGACGGGCGUUCGGUGUCAAUUAAGCGCUACGUCAUUCCUGCUGAUGACGAUCGUCGAGACUUCAUGUCGAGACACGAAGACCCGUACAGCGGCGAGCGCGAACUGGUCAUUCGGCGCAAAACUGAUCGCGAGGAGCCUGUGAGCAUCACGCGCUACGAGCGAGAGGUGGACUACGAACCACCUGUGCGCUACGAGAGGGACUACUAUGAACCCCGCAAUGCGUAUACUAGUCCCCGUGAAUCCGACUAUGAUGUCGUGCGCCGCUCUGAGGUCGAUGAGGACCCGUACUAUUACCACCGCCGCCGUCGAGUCCGCGAGUACGAGGACCAUCGGCCUCGACGUGAGCUGAGCCCCGAUGACUCCAUUUCUCAGGCGAGUCGGCGUCGCAGCGAUCGUGACCACGACUACAGCAGCGAUGAUAGCAUGGUCUACAUCAGGAAAGAGACCUCAUAUGACGACCACCCCCACCACCGUCGUCACCUCGCAGAGGGUGCUUUGGUGGGUGUUGGCGCUGCUGAGUUGUUGCGCAGCCGCAGUAAGAAAAACGGCGAAGUCAGCCAUGGCAUGAGUCGCAUAGGUAAGACCGUUGGUGCCGGUGCUCUCGGAGCAGUCGCUGUGAAUGCUGCGUCGCAUGCUCGUGACUACUACCGCCGUAGUAAGAGCCGUCACCGUGCCCACUCCUUUGACGAUGAUCGUUCUUCCCAUCGUCACCAUAGACACAGCGGUGGCCGAUACAGUCGGAGCCGUAGUCGCUCGCACUCCCACUCCCGUGCGAAGACUCUCCUCGAGCUGGGUGUUGGCGCCGCAGCUGUGGCUGCUGGUGUGGCUGCAUUGCGUAGCAAGUCGAACGCCGGAGACCGCAAGAGUCGUUCUCGCUCUCGCACUCGCUCCCGCUCCCGGGCUUUCAGCCGGGGUCGCUCAGAGAAUGGCAGGGACAGGGAUGGAUCGGCUCGUAGCAUGUCCGAGCGCCGCAAACACAUGGCUGGUGCUGGACUGGCUGGUGCUGCAGUCGCUGGCCUGGUUGAGAAGGCCCGCAGCCAUUCACGCUCCCGGAAGGGUGAACGCUCCCGCUCCCACAGUCGUAUCAGACAAGCUCUCCCCAUCGUGGGUGCUGGUCUUGCCACUGCUGCUGCCACCGGUCUCUAUGAGAAGAAAAAGGCCGAAAAGGAUGAAAAGGACGGUUCGAGCCGGGGCCGCCAUCGUUCGAGGUCUCACAGCCGCGCCCCAUCCUCUUCCUACCCUGAUCCAUCUCGCGACUCAGCUGGUUUGAUUGAAUACGGCAAUGACCCAGUCGCAGGCAGCAUCCCUGCUGAACACUACUACGGUCAGCCUGGCGGGCCCUACUACAAUACGCAGCAAGCCUACAGCCCCAGACGCCAACCACGCAGCCGCAGUCGUAGCCGAGCCCGCUAUAGUAGUUCAUCCGAUUCUGACCGUGAAGGUCGCCGUCGACGAAGCCAGAAGCACCGCAGCCGCUCACGCGACCUCGCAGGUGCUGCUCUGGGCGCAACAGGCCUCGGAUACGCCGCGCACAAGUUGAACGAGCGCCGCAAGUCCAAAGAGCGCGAGCGCGAACAUUCGAAGUAUGAGGACAACAUCCACCACGACCCUUAUGAAGAAUCCUAUGACCCAGAGCCGCCCUCCACCCAUGGCCGAUCCCCACUACUACCCCAACAACAACUAUUUCCCCCGCCUCCAGGCGAGUCACCCCACAACCUGAACGCUACUCCUGCACCCUACAAUCCGGCGGACUACCCUCCUCCCCCUGGCGCUGCUCCACCCCAGCCGUACGCCUACGGCGCUGUGCCACCACCAGGACCAGGAGCUGAACAGUACGCACCUCGGCCGCGUAGGGCUGAUGAGAAUGUGAGCAUCUCCACCCUACCCACUGAUCCAAAUGAUGUACACAAGGGUCUAAACAUACACCCAUUCCCAUCGUCCCUACCUAGGUCAACUAGCCAGCCGCCACAAGCCUCGAAAUCUGUCGCGUUCGACUUGACAGAUUCCCCACAGGAUCCUGGCUAUGAGACCGAUGAUAGUGACUCGACUGUUGAGCCAUAUUCAUCUUCGUAUCGUGAUGACAGAGAACACCAUCACGAUCGAGAUCGAGAUAGCCAUCAUCACCAUCAUCAUCAUCGCCGCCGCCGCUCUUCUCCUGUCCCCCAUCCACCUGUGCCCUAUCCCAGUUCUUCCUUCUCGAAUCAUCACUCUUCCAGUCACCACCACCCAUCAUCGCACAAGUCUCACGAAAGAGAUGAACGUGAACGUAACAGACCUUCUGAAACAGACUCAGAUUCAACAAUUGACCUACCCAGUCGCUUCGACAGACAGGGUCGUCUGCUCCUCGAGCAAGAGCCUGUUGUGAAGACUAUUGAAGACAUCGUCAACAAGGUCAGCAAGAUCUUGCUCUAG